CCCGUCACUUCAACCGGUGCUCUACUCGCCUGUCUUCCGGCUGGGGGAACUACUUGUCUUUUUUUCGCUGCCGAUCUUGUAUAGCGGUGUGCGAAUGUCACCGUCUAGUGAAUGUGGUUAUGUGUGGUGAAUUGUUUCAGUGUUCUGCUCUCUCAACUGGCGCGACUAAAGGAGAGAAUCGCAUCUAUUUGCCCUUCUAGUUAAUGGGUUGUGGUCGUGUGUGCGUUAUAGUGUGAUUUUUUGGCUGGUCACCAGUUCAGUGACAGUGCAUCGGAAUCGAGAAAGUGACUUUGUCAGUGUGAAGAACUUCGCUCGGUUGCGAUUUGGGUUGGAAACAGUAACCCGCUGACGUUGACGUCAGCAAGCUAGUGCCGUGACGAUUGUGUGCUUCCAGUGCGUAACUAAUCUAUUCUUGACGAUCGCUGAGGAGCCAACAGUUUGGACGGCGCAAUUCUCCAUCUUUGUCGUAGCGAAAUCCGCAAACAACCGCAGCGAUGUCCGACUACGAUCUGGACGUGGAUAAUUUGAUUCAGCGAUUGCUGGAAGCACACAAACAACAACAGCAACAGACACAGGAAACCAGGAAGAAGGGAAAACUGAAAGACAUAUUCUCCUCGGAUUUUAUGGUCAGAGGAUGUCGACCCGGAAAGCCAGUUCCCAUGUCAGAAGAAGAAAUCCGAGGACUAUGUCUGAAGUCACGCGAAAUCUUCCUACAGCAGCCAAUUUUGCUCGAGUUAGAGGCACCUCUGAAAAUUUGCGGAGACAUCCACGGUCAGUACACAGAUCUGCUGCGGCUGUUCGAGUACGGUGGCUUUCCACCGGAGGCCAACUACCUGUUCCUGGGGGACUACGUGGACCGGGGCAAACAGUCACUGGAGACGAUCUGCUUGCUGCUGGCGUACAAAAUCAAAUAUCCAGAGAACUUCUUUCUUCUCCGGGGUAAUCACGAGUGUGCCAGUAUUAAUAGGAUAUACGGAUUCUAUGACGAGUGCAAGCGAAGGUACAAUGUCAAGCUGUGGAAAACUUUCACCGAUUGCUUCAACUGCUUGCCGAUUGCGGCCAUUAUCGACGAGAAAAUUUUCUGCUGCCACGGUGGACUGAGCCCGGACUUGAAUCAUAUGGAGCAGAUCAGAAGAAUCAUGAGACCAACAGACGUUCCCGAUACUGGAUUGCUGUGCGAUCUUUUGUGGAGUGACCCUGACAAGGACGUAAAGGGCUGGGGUGAGAACGACCGUGGCGUCAGUUUCACCUUCGGCGUGGACGUGGUGUCAAAGUUUCUCGAAAUGCACGACUUGGACCUGAUCUGUCGGGCGCAUCAGGUGGUCGAAGAUGGGUACGAAUUCUUCGCGAAGCGCUCGCUGGUGACACUCUUCUCGGCUCCGAACUAUUGUGGCGAAUUUGACAACGCUGGUGGCAUGAUGUCGGUGGAUGACCAUCUCAUGUGUUCUUUUCAGAUUCUAAAACCAUCGGAAAAGAAGGCAAAGUAUCAGUACACUGGCACGAACGCGAACCGACCGCAGACGCCCCAGCGAAACCAGAAUCAACCGUUGCCGCCGAGCAAACGGAAAUAAUAAUUUCUCUCCCUUCUGAAUCGCUAUCUGACCCGACGGCGCGGCGGCGGCAGUGGUGGUGGCGGAAGCAGCAGGAAGCAGAAAUCAUCUUCAUCUUCAUCACCCUCGCCCAACUCAGCCGGUUCAUCUUCAUCAUCUUCCCGAUCGUCUUCAUCAACUGCCGUCCCAGCAGCUGGUGGCAUCGGAACAACCGCCGCAUCCGAUUCAUUAAUUAACAAUAGUAGCAUUAGUACUCGCCUAGAAAUCCAAAACCACCAGCACUCAUCUCGAGGCCCGGCCUCAGUUUCUACGUCUCCUUACCCAACCGCAAACCAACGUGCCCGCAAACCCAAUCGGCUAACAACUUUCGUCCACGACGCUGAGUACUACGAGGAGCGCGACGAGGAGGACGAGGACGAAGAUGACGAAGAGGAGGAAGAGGAACUUAUCGUAAUUAUACCGCCCCCGCCACCACCUCCCCAUCAUCAUCAGCAGGUGAUGGUAAUGCAGAAACAGUUGCACUCGCUGCGGUUGCAGUCGCCCACAGAACAACAACAGCAACUACCACAAACAAUACAAAUUUUACCGAAGGCGAUCAAGGUACCAAUCGCAGUUCCACCACCGACACCGCCGUUACCAUCAUCAGCAUCCUCUUCCGGUGGCGUUUCACCCUGGGUACCACUUCGAGCGGCACCCCAGCAGCAGCAGCAACAAACACCCCCCUCAUCAUCAUCCUCGUUAUCAUCUUCCACGGCUGCACCAACAGCAGGAGGGCUACAGCAAACAUUAUCAUCGGUAACGUUUUCCACCUUCCGGAGAGUACACUGAAAUUAACAAAAUCGAACACAAGCGAAUCAGGUGGGACGCAUUUUUUUUUUGGCUAAAUUUUCUGUCUAAAAAUUUGAUAAGCGGCAAUUCGUGUAAACACUUAUUUUUUCAGCGCUGUUUGAACUUUUUUUUUUUAAAUCUUAUUCCAUACUUGAUUUCAAUUCGACGUUAGAGAAAUAAACAGACAGAUUGAUACUGAUUGAACCGAGCAGUUUUGAAAUCCUACCAUUAAUUUAGAAAAUCUAUACCGAGCGUCUUAGCAGAGUGAUUUAAGAAAUCAAAGAAAUAGUUAUCGGUUUCCGUUAUACUCUACUAGAAAUUUUUUUUUGGAAAUAAAUAUUGAAAUUCAGUCCGCGCAAAUCUAUUAGCGAAUUUCUUUAUUCCACUGUGUGAGGGCAAAACUGCCGAGGAAUAAUAAAACGUCAUCGCCAUUUAAGACGCAAGUAAGAAAGAGAUGCCAGAUAAUUGUUUACGAACUUAGCACGUGCGGUGGUGGGUUGAAGCUGACAAAUUUCACAGUGCGCUUCGGGCAGCACGGCAGGUCAAAACUGAGUCAAAAUCGAGCGAAUAAAGAAGGGUUUUGACAGCAGUUAGUGCGCUUCCAGGUCAAAACGAGGUGAGCUGGUGGAAUAAAGAAAUUCGCUAUAUAUUUCGACUGUGACAUACAGUCUUCCUCAGUGCUUAGGGGCCAUCCACAUACCACGUGGACAGCCUUGGGGGGGGAGGGUUGAUUAAUGUCCACGGUCCAUACAAUCUUUUUAGAAUUUAUAUAGGCAGUUGUCCACGGAGGGGGAGGGGGGGGGGGUCAAAAUCGUUAAAAAUCUGUCCACGUGGUAUGUGGAUGGCCCCUUAUGUGGACUGGUGCACAUAAGCACUGAGGAAGACUGUAUGUCACAGUCGAAAUAUAUAUUUGCGCGGACUGAAUUUCAAUAUUUAUUUCCAAAAAAAAAAAUUUCUAGUAGAGUAUAACGGAAACCGAUAACUAUUUCUUUGAUUCCUACCAUUAAUAUUAAAUUGCUCAAACUUAUCGAGGGCGAGUUCGCCCUUCUUUAAAAAUGUCGCUUGAAUAACAUUAUUUCUGGCGCUCGUAUGUUCUUUUCUUGGCACACUACAUUGAAAUGUGUUUUGAUAAUUAAUUUUCACAUGCCAUAAUAAUGAUUGGUAAACUGAUGGUCCAUCUUUGGAAGCCUAGCCCCAAAAACCGAUGAAUGAUUGCUAUUUUUUUUCGCAAAACAGAUAAAAAAAUCCUACACAUGCAUAACAUACGGAACAUCUAUAGUGAAAUCAAUGUAAUGUAUACUCAUUUAUCUGUCACAAUAGCUCAGUAUCUUCAAUACUAUAAAUCAAGCAGAAUAGUACAUCAAUAGCAGGGCAAGCAAGCUAACAGAAAGUCUAGAGAUAAACAUUCAUGCUUUUAAAACUGUAAUAACUAUACCUACCUGUGAUUUUUGUCAGCAAAAGUCGAACCACCACCAUCACACACAGACACGUUUUGAGUUACAUAUACACACACAUACUCACACGGCCGAUUGCAUGAACUACCUUAUCCUAUUUAGAUUCUAUAACGGACUUUAUAAUGUUAGUGACAGUUUAGUAGAAUAUGAAUGAUUGUGAGUAAAAUUGCGCGCGGGAGAGUGACUAGAAUGGUUUGUAAAAUCUUAAGCUGUCAAACGCAAAUCUUCGUCUAUGUGAGAUAAACCAAAUCAACAAAUAAACAAAUGAAAACAGUGAUGAUAAUCAUGUUUUAUAUAGCAACCAAUAACAGGAGAUCCAACAACACGUAGAUGCGUUUGCUGAUACGCGAGGGGCACUACAAAAAUAACAAAACACCCACACACGAAUACACAUUCAGGCGUUCAAAGGUGGAAAUAUAUAGCAAUGAUGUAUAGAACAAAAGUUUAAAGUAAAAAAAAAACAGAGUAAAUAUAACCGUUGCAGAAAAAAUCGAAACUAUGUGUAAUCAAUAGGGGAGGACAAUAGAAAUCCAGAACAAAAAAAAUCAGAAUAAACAGAACUAGUGUUAUAAAUAAUUAGAGCAAACGACGAUAGGGAUAGAAUAUAUCAUUGCGUACCGACUGCUGUCGAAAUCUGUGGCGGUGGCAAGCAACAAAGGCAGCAAACGAGUGAAAGUACAUACCAUACCGAGUGUGUGCAGUAGGUAACGUAAUCCAUUUGUAAGCCAACAAACAAACAAACAAAAAAUAAUCAACAGAACCUAUAGCCACACAUUAUCAUCAGAAAAAAAAUAUGAGCAGAAAAACGACCACGAUGUUAGUAACCAAAAAAAAGCAGUCGAUAACGACUCCCAGAGUUCGUGUAUCUAUUACUGGAAGCUAGCGUAAAACUAUCAAUGUAGUUGCAAAUCUAAACUAAAGUAUUGUAGCUGCUAAACAAGGAAUGAAUAGUGGUUUUUAAACAAAACUCACAUCGUCUAAGUUUCCAACUCGCUCAUCAUUUUAUCACUAAAUUAAUACAGAACAGAAAGGGCAAAAAUUGCAAAUCAAAAUAAUGAAUUGCCUUCUCACUGUAGAACAGAUGAAAAAAAGAAGAAGCACGAAAGAGUAGAUGAAUCGAUUCAGUUCUGAUUCCUUUCUCCACCCGUGAGUGUAUUGCGAGCGAAAAAAAGUAAAGGUUGAAUAAAGUAACCCGGGAACUUUAGCGGUAUUUUUACUAACAAGUCCCGCAACACCACAUUCAAUUUCAAUCAGCCGAUUAUAAGCUUAUCUCUUCUUAGUUUUCAUUUUCUAACCCAAGAGUGGCUGUGAAUUAUACUUUGAAAGAAAGAAAAAAACUUUUAAUGGCCCAUCAAACAGGUUGAAAACUUAAACUUCAACUCACCUAAUUGAAUUUACUUUCACUAACAACAGCUGCAGUGCGCAUUAUUCUGUUUGUAACACCGCUUACUGUUAUCAGUUGCUACGUCCCUAAUAAAAAAAGCACUACCCCCUCUAAAAAAGUCGUCCGAUGACAAUUUCUUCGCACUCCCGUUUGCAAAAAAUAAUAUCAGCAACUUUUUUAGUCCAUGUUAAAGAUCGAUGACAGAACAAAAUGAAACACAAUAAUAAUAAUGAUGAUUAUAUAAAUAAAUUAUUACGAUUAUUACACUUAUUAGGUUAAAAGUGUGAUGAAGAACAACCGACAGGACAGGAAAGGAAAGAAUCGUUGGUCCGGUCAGGAUGAAAAAAAGAAAACAAACGCUAGCUAUACAGAGCAGCGACAGUUGCAAAUCAAGAGAAGAGCGAAAUAAAGGAUAUUUAACAGAA